ACUGCUAUUAGUAACUCGCGCCGUUUUGAUUGUUCUUGAACGCGUCGUGAUUGGUACAAUAAAUCGAAAUCUUUAGUAGUGGCACCAGAGACGGUUCUAUAGAGUGUUUCUUUGAUUUAUCUGAACUGAACGAGGGAAAAUAGAAGGCACUAUGGGAGUACUGCAGUUUUGGUUUCGCCUUAUGGGUACGACCAUGUGGAUAAUCUCCAUUCUGUCCAUCACAGAACUGACCGGUGGACAUUCCACUCUCGUCCAGUACAAUUUCGAUUAUGCUCCAUACUUACGACCUCUGCCGGAAGAUAUAAAAGAAAAAGUGCGUUUGGCAGUGGCAGCGGAGAAGAACAGCCAGGAUUUUGAGAGCGAAUGCGUGAAAAAGGAACAUUUGGAAGUACUGUGUCCACCGAAUAAGUUUAGGAGAGCCUCGGGGGAGUGUAACAAUGUGAGGCACAACAUGUGGGGGGCUAGGGGUGCCCCGUUUUUGAGAAUGAUCGAUCCUGAGUACGCUGACGGAAAACUAUCACCACGUCAAUUUUCCACACCCCUUCCCAACCCCCUACUAGUGUCAUCCACAUUGCAAUCGAUACCUCCAAAAUCACACGAAUAUGUCACCUCACUUCUUGGAGCUUGGAGUGAGUUACUUUUGCACGAUUUAGCCAUGACUGGCAACUUGAGAAGUCAGGAUUGCUGUAGCGACUCAGACAAGAAACAUCCUGAAUGCUACAGUAAACUUGGAGAUGGUCAGUGUAAAGAAUACAUGAGGACCUUGCCUUCCAUAGAUGUAGAUCAGUGUAAAUUUAGAUAUAGAAACCAAAUGAACUUAGCUUCCUCUUUCCUGGAUGGUUCCGCCAUAUACGGUACUACUGACGAGCAACUAGUCACAUUAAGAACCUUCGAUAACGGGUUAGUUAAUGUUUCCGCAUGUUCCUUCUGCCAAUCGAAUGCCCUGUAUGCCGCCAUCUUGAAAGAACACAACCGUAUCGCUGUCAGUUUGGCUGAACUGAACAAACACUGGACUGACGAGGAACUGUUCUUGGAAAGUCGCAGGAUAGUCAUUGCUGAGAUUCAGCACAUUACGUACAACGAAUUUUUGCCAAUAGUUUUAGGCCAAGAAUCAAUAGUUACAUCAGAACUAAACCUAAAACCCCAUGGAAGAUUCUCCAAGUAUUCAAGCUCAAGAAAAGCAGGAGUCUUUAACGAAGUCGCCAUGACAGCAUUGCCAGCUCUUCUAUCUAUGUUGCCAAAUCGCCUGAUGAACGAAACAGCAAACUCAUUCGCCGAAAUGAUCGACAUUCUGAUCUCUCUACCAGCUCAGAACCCCAGCAUGCACAUGGCAGUACCUUUGAGAGAAAGCCGGGACACGUUUGCACUAUUCUUGCAUAUGGGACGUGACCAUGGUAUCCCCGGAUACCUCAAAAUGGUCGAGUACUGCACUAACAAUACAGCAAACAAGUCAAAGCGUUUUGACAGUUUGACUGAGAAAAUUAAGCCUGAAUACAUCAAAGCCUUGAAGUACCUUUAUAAAAAUGCCGAAAGUAUAGAUCUGCUAGUAGGAGCAUUACUAGAAACGCCACUGCCUGGAGCUAUUCUAGGUUCAACAUUGAACUGCCUGAUGUCCAAACAAUUCAUUUUGUUAAAAAAGAGUGAUAGAUUUUGGUAUGAAAACGACUUACCACCUAGUUCGCUGACAACGUCUCAGUUAAAAGAAAUAAAGAAAAUAACACUUGCUGCUUUGUUGUGUGUGAACACUAAAGGUUUGGAUAAGAUCCAACCCAAGGCUUUUGUAGCUGAGGAUACUUAUUUGAAUGCCCGUAUUGCCUGUGACCAACAUCCGCUUCCUCAGCUGGCUGAGUGGGCUGAAAUGAACCCUAUGACUGAUAUUAGUGAAGAACUUCUGAUGGAUGCACUGUCUAAAGCUGAACAAAAACUAUUGGACAGAAGGAAAAUGGAAUACAAAGUUUGGAGUACAGUUGGUGGAGUAGACCCAAAAUCCUCUUAUGGCACAGCAGCGUCGUUCAGCAAAGCUAACACUGAAGCUUUGAAAAUAGCAAACAGUUCACUACUUUUCGAGUUUGCCUCGAACGAGAUCCUAAAUUCUCUAGAACACAGAAGAAGAAAGCGUGGUGCCAUACGCAACAGAGAUGUUUCAUUCGCUUUCCAAGACGAUUUCGGCGACAAACUCCAAGACGUUGAUAUAGCAUCUCUAAUUCCAGCUGAAGCACUUGAUCUAGAUGAUCACUGUGAUGAUGCUGGACCCUGUGACACUACUACACCUUACAGAACCAUGACAGGUCAUUGUAACAACUUGAAAAACCCUAAGUGGGGUAAAAGCCUGACUACCUUCAACCGAUUAUUGCCAAGUGUUUAUGAGGAUGGUAUUUCGAAAAUGAGGAUGCACGGAGUCACUGGUACCCCGUUACCAAACCCGAGAACCGUAUCCAGACUUAUCCAUCCAGAUAUUAGUAACCUCCAUACUCGUUACUCGCUCCUAGUAAUGCAGUUUGCUCAAUUCCUUGACCACGAUCUUACCAUGACACCCAUCCACAAAGGUUUCCACGAAUCCAUACCCAGUUGUAGAUCGUGCGACAGUUCAAGAACAAUCCAUCCAGAAUGCAGACCCAUUCCUGUGCCACAGGGUGACCAUUAUUAUCCGGACUUCAAUUCUACUUCUGGGCAGAAGAUAUGCUUCCCUUUCAUGAGGAGUCUUCCCGGACAGCUUCAGCUUGGACCUAGAGAACAGAUCAAUCAGAAUACUGCAUUUUUGGAUGCUUCGGUGAUUUAUGGAGAAAAUACAUGUGUUUUGCACAAACUCAAAGGAGAAUUUGGUAGAAUGAACUCUACAGAACUGCCUGUAGGUGUUAAAGAAUUACUUCCGAGAAAUCUCCAUCCUGAAUGCAAGUCUGGCUCAGGGUUGUGCUUUAUUGCAGGAGAUGGAAGAGCCUCAGAACAACCAGGACUCACAAUGAUUCACACCGUUUUCCUUAGAGAACACAACAGAAUCAGAAACGGUCUCCAGAGAGUGAAUCCUCACUGGAACGCAGACAAAAUGUUUGAGGAGGCUAGAAGAAUCGUUACAGCUAACCUACAGCAUAUUACAUACAACGAAUUUUUGCCAAGGAUUUUGGGUUGGAACGCCAUGAGUUUGUAUGGCUUGAAACUACAGAACCAGGGGUACUACAACGAGUACAAUCCCAGCUGUAACCCUGCGGUGUUCACAGAAUUUGCAGCCGCUGCUUUCAGAAUUGGACAUUCGUUAUUGAGACCGCAUAUUCCUAGGAUGGAUAGUAACUAUAAUAUAGUUAGUCCGCCGAUAUUGCUGAGAGAUUCCUUCUUCAAGACUGACUUUAUGAUGAAACCUGGACUAAUAGAUGACAUUGCCAGAGGAAUCGUUUCCACACCAAUGGAAAGCUUGGAUCAGUUCAUCACUGGAGAAGUGACCAACCACUUGUUCGAAGAUCACAAGAUCCCAUUUUCUGGUAUAGAUCUUAUAGCUUUGAACGUGCAAAGAGCUAGAGAUCACGCUAUACCAUCUUACAACAGCUACAGAGCGUUGUGUAACCUAAAAAGAGCGACAUCUUUCGAGGAUUUGUCUAGGGAAAUACCGCCAGAAACCAUACAAAGACUGAAAAGUAUUUACGCUACUGUGGAUGACAUUGAUUUGUUCCCUGGAGGUAUGAGUGAACGUCCUUUGCAGGGAGGUCUCGUCGGACCUACCUUCGGUUGUAUCAUAGCCCUUCAGUUCAGACAUUCAAGAAAAUGCGACAGAUUUUGGUACGAGAGUGGUGAUCCUGUGGUGAGAUUCACCGAGCCCCAACUCGCCGAGCUGCGCAAAGUUACUAUGGCUAAGACGAUAUGCGACAACAUUGAUGGAAACAGCGAUAUGCAAAGAUCUGCCUUCGAUUUACCUUCAAAUUUCUUGAACCCAAGAGUACCAUGCAGCGCACAUCCAAAUAUAGAUUUCAACGCUUGGCGUGAGAGUGCCCCUGGAAAAGGCUGUUUCAUUGGUGGACGUCACGCUCGCGUUGGAGAAAGUGUGUUCCCUAGUCCUUGCACUAGCUGUAUUUGUAAUGCUGAAGGAGGUACCUGUGCCUCCCUGAAAGUAACCAAUUGCAACCAACUCCUCAAAGAAUGGUCGAGAGAAGACGUUCUCAGAGACGACGUGUGCACCGCUCAGUGCGGCCACCUGUUGCAAAAUGGCGGAUCUAGGGGAUUUCCUUCCGGUCCUCAAAAGCAACACGGUCUGAGAGGUGUGGAACCUGUGGGUUUCGACUUUUUCGGUACCAUACCCAACCUAAGUCCUUUCAUUGCUAAGAAAUAAUGAUUUCUUCAAGCUUUAAUUACUUGUAAUACUAUUUUAUCGUAAAUUUUUAAGUAAACGUUACUCCUAGUUAAUGAAGGUUUAUAUAGAGAGUACAGUGUGAUUGAAUAAAAUACGACAUCUUGAAAAGUGUAAAAAUAGCAUUUGAGUUGAAGUUCUACUUUGUGUCAUUCAGUGAUCUAGUAAAACUGGAACUGAGAUGUUAGUACCACGCGUAAUAUAAUCACACCCUGUAUAUUGUACAAAAAAGUUUGAAACUUAAAGAAUCACUGCCCUGUUGCCAGUUUUUGUUCAAAAUCUUAUUUUUUGUAUAUAAAGUAACAUUUGGUAAGAUUUUCGUAUCUUUCAAUAAAGAUAUGCUAAUGUUAAGAACUUAUAAAAUUAUAUAUUUUUUUACAUUUUAGGAUAAGAUAAAAAUAAAGAUAGUAGAGUAAG